UUCUUUCAGGUUUGACAUCUACAGGAAGGUGCCAAAAGACCUUACACAGCCAACCUACACAGGGGCUAUUAUCUCUGUCUGCUGCUGUCUCUUCAUACUGUUUCUCUUCCUGUCUGAGCUCACCGGAUUCAUAGCCACUGAAAUAGUUAAUGAGCUCUAUGUGGAUGACCCAGACAAAGACAGUGGAGGGAAAAUAGAAGUGAAUCUGAACAUCAGUUUACCAAACCUGCACUGUGAACUAGUUGGACUAGACAUCCAGGAUGAAAUGGGAAGGCAUGAAGUGGGUCAUAUCGACAACUCUAUGAAAAUACCUCUCAACAAUGGAGAUGGCUGCAGGUUUGAGGGCCACUUCAGCAUCAACAAGGUCCCUGGUAACUUUCACGUGUCAACACACAGUGCCACUGCGCAGCCUCAGAAUCCUGACAUGACUCACAUCAUCCACAAGCUCUCCUUUGGGGACAAGUUACAGGUCCAGAACAUUCAUGGAGCAUUCAAUGCCUUGGAGGGAGCAGACAAACUCACCUCAAAUCCUCUUGCAUCUCACGAUUACAUACUGAAGAUAGUCCCUACAGUGUAUGAAGACAUGAGCGGCAAGCAGCGAUACUCGUACCAAUAUACUGUAGCAAACAAGGAGUAUGUAGCCUACAGUCACACUGGCCGCAUUAUCCCAGCUAUCUGGUUCCGCUAUGAUUUGAGCCCCAUCACAGUGAAAUACACAGAGAGGCGACAGCCCUUGUACAGGUUUAUCACAUCGAUAUGUGCCAUCAUUGGAGGAACAUUUACAGUAGCCGGGAUCCUUGACUCCUGCAUUUUCACAGCAUCGGAAGCCUGGAAGAAGAUCCAGUUGGGAAAAAUGCAGUAGCAGCAAAACUCUACCCAAGUCUCCAAGGACAGGAGCAAAGAUUGAGAAAUCUACCACUACCUGUUUGUUUUUUCUCCUUUUCUAUUUGAUUGAAUCAGUAAAUUUUUCUCUAAUCAGGCUGUUCAGUGAAGACCUCUUCAACAAAUCAGAGAAAUGUCCAUGCAUUUCAGAGCUCUGAGAGCCAAAAAUCAAUGAAACUGGGGCUUGGAUUUCAAUUCUCUCCCCCAGAAAGAGAGAUUGGAAUUGUUUAUAUGAAACACACUAUGGAAUCUAAAUAAGGGUUAAUGGUCUGUUUUCCAGGAGGUUCCUGUGGCAGUGUUGUACAAACUAGCUAGAAGAUUGCAAAGAUAUGAGUUGUCUUGUGGCACUUUCUGGAAUUCUAUUGGAAUUGAAUAAUUAGACAAUCGACUUCUGUAUAAGGCGAAAUUAUACAUUAGGAAGACAUUCCAUCCAUGGUGCCAAAAAGGUGAUGUAUCUGUUGGUGAGGAAUGGAAGGCGUUAGUCCCCAUAGCAGACUUGAGAGACAGAGGGCAGAAGAAACAUCAAGAAAUGUGUUGUGCUUUUAUUGAAAGCUCUUUUGUUCAUGUAAGACCUUUCUAAUGAAAUGAGCAAAUGAGGAGAGGGAGCCUUCCCCAGCUACCUUUCCCUGGAUAAUGUGUAAUCCAGGCAGGAGAGGGCCUUUCUUUUACUCUGUAUGUAAAAAUUGCUUCAUUUCAUCCCAGAAACUGAAUAUCCAGUCUUGUGUUUACAGGUGGCAUGAAGUAAAAACCAAACUGAACGACA